AUGGACAUGGAGAUAAUCCGGUUGGAUGGACGUGGCGAAAAUGCUAGGGACAUGUGUGCAAGCUGUGGCAUGAAUCCUGCAGAAUUCCGAUGUCAGGAUUGCGAUGAUACACAAUUGUAUUGUGGUACAUGCUCAUUGGUAAAUCAUGCCCGGUCUCCCACCCAUCGCAUGCAGCAGUGGAAUGGUGUAUUUUUCGAGGUUGCUUCCUUGAAGAUGUUAGGCCUCCAAGUGCAACUUGGGCAUCCCAUCGGUCAACAAUGCAUCCUCCUGCAGCCAGCAUUUAACAAUGACUUUGUGCUGAUAGAUAUGAAUGGGAUACAUGAAAUAGGAUUAGACUUCUGCAGGUGUGAAACAUCAGAGACACAUGUCAAACAACUCCUUCGUUAUGGAUGGUUCCCUUCAACGUCAACUGAUCCCAGAACAGCGGCUAUGUUUCGACUUUUGAACUUUUAUCAAAUUCUAUCUUUUGAAUCGAAGGCAUUGGCUUACGAGUUCUAUCAUUCCCUUGAUCGCUAUGACGGAUUCAUGCGAAUGGUUCGUGAAUGGUGGCAUCUCACAAUGCUGAAACGUUUCGGAUGUGGUCACGAUCCCAGUAGCGUAGACGGUACAUCACAGGGCAAAUGUGUAGUUCUAUGUCCAGCAUGUCCGCAGCCGGGGAAGAAUCUACCUGAUGGUUGGCAAACUGCCAUGAAAGCAAAAUGGUGGUUGUAUGCAGUGUUUUUAGCAAUCGACGCGAACUUUCGGUUGAAGAGACGGAACGUGUCAAGUGAUCAAACAGACCCUAGUCUUUCGAAAGGCUGGGCAUACUUCGUCGAGGAGAAGGAUUACAAGGCCUUCCUAGCCGAACAUCUUGCUGAUGCGCAGGAGAAAAGCACGUGUUCAAGCCACAAUGCCGUCAAUAUGGCGGAUACGAAACAGUCACAAGGGCUUGCUGCUACAGGCGUUGGCACAGUAGACUGUGCCCGUCAUAAUUUCAAACAGCCAAAUGGAGUUGGGGAUUUGCAGAAGGGCGAGAAGUAUAUCAACAUGGAUUAUUUAUUUUUCUCGACUUUGCGUGGUAUGCAGCUCGAAAUGCUUAACGUGUCAUACAAUAUUGCGUGCCAAUGGCACAAAAACCUCUGGGCCCGCAUGAAGUCAUUUCCUCAAUCCCACAGUUUAAACUACGUUACAAAGAUUAUACGGUUCUUUGUACCCAAAUUCCAUCUCCCUGCGCACAUUGCAAAAUGUCAGACAGUCUUCUCGUUCAACUUCACACAGUUUGUCGGCCAAACUGAUGGUGAGGCUCCAGAGCGAGGCUGGUCGAACAUCAACCCUGUGGCCUCGAGUACCAAAGCGAUGGGUCCUGGCUGUCGCCUUGACACGCUGGACGACCACUUCGGGGAUUGGAACUGGAAAAAGACUGUUGGGUUGGGUGCAUCCCUCCUCCACAAGAUGAGGGAUGCUCUUACCGAGAAGGCUGAACAUGAACUCGUGUUUGAGGAAUUUGAUGCUGCUAUCACUCCCCAGCAUCGUUCUGUGUGGUUGGUGGAAAUGAAAACUUGGGAAGAGAAUCCGAAUGAUACAUUGAUCCCUAAUCCGCUUGAGGCCAAAACUAUGGCUAUAAUGCAAGCCGGAGUACGGCUAAAGCUUGCGGAGCUGGAGGGUGAGGAGCUUCAGCGAGGUAUAGACUCCUCUUUGCACCCAGAAGUUUUGCCCAGCAUCCUCAUUGCUUCCGGCAUAGACCUUGAAGAGGAACAGUGUCGUUUGGGCAACAUUGCCGAGUCAAUGGGUCAACAUGCCACCGACAUGCAGAAAGGCAGCCUCAUGCGAAUGCGGAACUCGCUCUGUCAUAGGAUCGAUAUAUGGCGAUGUGCGCAGGCCCAUGAUGCGCUGGAAGAACUUCGGCAGUGCCUGCGAAUUCACUGUUCCCUCCUGACAUUCAAAAGAGAGUGGAUGCGUGGUCAGGGUGCGAACACUCGAGGACAGAACACUCUUGCUCAUGUCCACCGAAAGCGCACUGCCUGCGUGAAACGAUAUCGGUCAGUGUGGAUAGCACUCAAUGCCCUAGCUACAAUUAUGAAGAAGAAAGAUUGGGAGGGCAGGUUGCAGGAACUGGCAGACGGGCACAUCAAGCCCCUUGUGGAUCCAUUUGCUACUGGCGAAGGGAGACACCAUGUGUCGUGGAUUUGGAUGAUGGAUGGUGUGGAUUGUGGCGAUGAAGGUGACAACGAUGGUGUGCAAAUUGAGUGGUGCAAAAGCCGUGCAAGGGCACUGCAAUGGUUGGAAGAGGUGGAAUUACUGAGGGAAGAGAUGUGCAGGGUGUUGCAAUUUUUUGCCUGGCACGGAGCAUGGCUCGCAGACCAUUUUCGUGUCCUAUGGACGCCUUUUCUUUCACCGGAAGGUCUCAUCGAUGCACCACCUCAGUUGUCCAAGCACUCGUUACCAAACCUCAUGAUUCCUGACAUUCCCUAA